AAGGAUCCCCGAGCCGAGGUAGUGCGAGAGAAACGGAAAGAGCCGAAUACGGAAGUGGUGACAGCGCCUCGGGAGCAGGCGGAAGCGGUGACCACGACGUCUGAGACGGGAACCCAGCGCCGAAGGGGUGGGGGGUGCAGAAAGGCACCCGCCUUGUAGGACCUCCAUGAGGUGCAAGAGUGACUGGGCCUCCCUUCUCAACCUCAGUGAGUACCCAGAGUGAUGGCGAUGAUGGCGGCAGUUACUCGGAUCUCAUCAAUUAAGCUGUACUCGGGGAGGUAUAUCCAGAAAGUGCCCAGAAGAAACUUCCUGCUGGAAAAACUGAAAAAGCAGUAUUUAUAACCCUGGGAUUUGUGGCUAAAUUGUUAAUAUGGCAGAAAAUAGUGAAAAUAAUAGUAGAAAUGUCGAUGUAAGGCCCAAAACUAGUCGGAGUAGAAGUGCUGACAGAAAGGACGGUUAUGUAUGGAGUGGAAAGAAGUUAUCUUGGUCAAAAAAGACUGAGAGUUGUUCAGAUGCUGAAGCAGUGAAUGCUAUAGAGAAAACUGAAGUUCCUUUAAGGAGCCAAGAAAGGAAGCACAGCUGUUCAUCCAUUGAGCUGGACUUAGAUCAUUCCUGUGGGCAUAGAUUUUUAGGCCGAUCCCUUAAACAGAAACUGCAAGAUGCUGUGGGCCAGUGUUUUCCAAUUAAAAAUUGUAGUAGUCGACACUCUUCAGGGCUUCCAUCCAAAAGAAAAAUUCAUAUCAGUGAACUCAUGUUAGAUAAGUGUCCUUUCCCACCUCGAUCAGAUUUAGCCUUUAGGUGGCAUUUUAUUAAACAACACACUGCCCCUAUAAAUCCCAAAUCAGAUGAAUGGGUAAGCACAGACUUAUGUCAGAAUGAGCUGAGGGAUGGUCAGCUAAAACAAAGAAGAAAUGUGGAAGAAGAUGUCAACUGUUUCUCACAUGCCAGUGUUCAGCCCUGUAUGAUAACUCCCAACAAUGCUCCAUGUGGAAGUGGUCCUAUGACUGGUUCUGUGAUGAACUUGGUUUCAAAUAACAGUAUUGAAGAUAGUGACAUGGAUUCAGAAGAUGAAAUUAUAACCCUUUGCACAAGUUCCCGAAAAAGAAACAAACUCAAAUGGGAAAUGGAUGAUGAAAUCCUGCAGUUGGAAACACCUCCUAAGUACCACACUCAGAUUGAUUAUGUCCACUGUCUUGUACCAGACCUCCUUCAGAUCAAUAACAAUCCAUGUUACUGGGGAGUUAUGGAUAAAUAUGCAGCUGAAGCUCUGCUAGAAGGAAAACCAGAGGGUACCUUUCUACUUCGAGACUCAGCACAGGAAGACUAUCUAUUCUCUGUUAGUUUUAGACGCUAUAGUCGUUCUCUUCAUGCUAGAAUUGAACAAUGGAAUCACAACUUUAGCUUUGAUGCACAUGAUCCUUGUGUCUUUCAUUCUCCUGACAUUACUGGGCUCCUAGAACAUUAUAAGGACCCGAGUGCCUGUAUGUUCUUCGAACCACUUUUAUCCACUCCUUUAAUUCGGACUUUUCCCUUUUCCCUACAGCAUAUAUGCAGAACGGUUAUUUGUAACUGUACAACCUAUGAUGGCAUUGAUGCGCUUCCAAUUCCUUCUUCUAUGAAAUUAUAUCUGAAGGAAUAUCACUAUAAAUCAAAAGUUAGAGUACUCAGAAUUGAUGCACCAGAACAGCAAUGCUAGGAAAAGGAUAGGAACAUAUGAAAGAGUAUAUACAUAUCUUCAUUUCAUAUUUUAUUUUUCUUAUUAUGCCACCUUAGAUUUUCCUACAAGGGCAGUUGUAAAUUUUAAUGCCCUAAGUCUUUCUUCCUGACUAGUUUAUUUUUCUUAUGAUACACUAAUUGUUUAAGGUUACACACUAGGGUUUAAAGGAUAUUUUUUACUAUGUUUUUUGGUUUUGUUUUUACCAUGUAAAUUGUAUAUUUAAUUUUUUCUUUUCCUGAUUGUAAUCCGUAUAUGAUAACAAGCAUAUUUGAAAUUUGAUAGGCAUUGCAAACACAGUUGCAUAUUCUGUAUUUCAUACUUUUCUUUAAAAGUGAUUCUUUGUCCUUCCUACAUGUAAAAUGUUUUGUUAAUCUAUGCCAUCAAUAUUCCUAAACAUAAAAUAGAGUUUCCCCUUCCCCUUUUCAUAGAAUUGUUUUAAAAUUCUUCAGUAAAGCUGAGUGUGUUGUAACUCACAAUUCAUACUAACAUAGUUGGCUUUUAUAAUUUACUAAGAGGGUGUUGAAGGUAACAAAAUGAUUUAAAAUAAAACAAUGCAUUUUCAUUUUAAAUAUUAACUAUAAAGCAGGCUUACUAAAUUUGAUUAAUCUGGUCAGUGAGAACAUGACAUUUUAGAGGUGCAUUUAUUCUACAAUGUGGCAGUGUUAUUGCUGAGUAGGUCUUUCCACCUGGACAAGUUAAACUAUCUUUAAAACAUAAAUACUGUUCUUUUCUCACUGGAAGCUUUAAAAAUAAUAAUAGCCCUUUUAAUAACUUAGCCCUCUCAUAGAAACUUGGAGCCUGUUACUUUGGGGAGAUCCUGCAGUUUAUAAAUAGCCACAGAUCUCCACUGGUAACCAAAGAGUACCUUACUAGUUUUGCAUUAUUUUAAAUUGAACUUGAGAAAAGAGUCAAGAAUUUAACAUGGAGUUCAGUAUUCUGGAAGCUUAAAAUUAUUUCUGAUCUUCAAGUUCCAAAUAAUUACUCCUGUCUUCAGAAUUAUGUAUUUAAUGUAGCCUUAAAAAAAAGGAAAGCAUUUUGACACCUACAUGGUUUAUGCCAUACUGAACAGUACUGGGCAUCUGGUAAUAUUUUGUAUUUACUAUCCCAAGAACAGGGAAGUAUUUUUAAGAAACAUCAUUAGCCCAAUAUAACUAAUAAAGAUAAAUGGAGUGAUAUCCUAUUCAACUCCUGUUUUUUUUUUUAAAAAAGAAUUAAUGAAUAAUAAAUCUCUCCUUAUUCAUAGUCCUAGACAGUCUUCUGGUGAACUGUCUUACCCUUUUAUACAAAUUGGCAUUUUUAAUAUCAUAGUAAUUGAUUUCUUGACGCUAGUUUAGUUGUAUGAGGAAGCUGCUUCUACCUGGAUUGAAGGCAAUUUGAUUCAGAAAUUUCCAAGUUAGAACAGAUGUUUCUUAAUUGUCAUUGCUUUUAUGUUGAAGUAGCAUUUUCCUAUUUUGCAGUUCUGUUAACCUAAAGAUGGCCUUUUUCAAUAAUAGCUUUAAAAUAAAUUUUUAGCAUUUACAAAAGUAAACCAGGAAAAUUUCUGCUAUCAUGUCUUCUAGCAUUUUUUUUCUCAGUGAUCUCAAGAUUGCUUUGAUCUCAAUGAGAAGUAGCUAUUAAAAUAGCACCUCUCUUAGCAGUGAUGAGGCCCAGGAUAUCAUAGUCCAAAUGCUGGGAUAAAUAUCAUCUCUUCUAAAGAUGAUAUUUACCUUUUACAAAGGUAGAAAAGUCUCAUACUACCUCAUCUUCAUUGUUGCGCCUUUGUAGAUCACUGAGAAUCUUAUUAACCAAUAUAAUACUUCCUAAUAUCUGUCUUUGGUGAAAGAACGUUAAAAUUAACAAUAUGGUAAGACUCUAUCCGUGAUUAUUGUUUUUAUCAGAAUUUGAUAAUAAGACUUUCUGUUUCUGUGAAACAAUUAUAAUUUUAAAUAUUUUUCUUUUAAACAUAACUUUUUAUCAGCACAGAAAAACCUAAGGGAAGACUAGCUAACAAAUAUUCUGUUAAAGGGUAGUUUUAUAAAGAAAAAUGAAAUAUAAUUAUGUUGUCUUUUAUAAUGGUAAAAAUUAGUGUUUAUAUGAGAGUCAAAACCUAAGUAGCUUUUCAUAUAAUUCAAACCGGUUGCUAGUGAUAUAUUUUCUCUGGUUUUCUUAUUUUUUCAACUUCAAGGUAUUAACAGCUAUUAACAUUUUCAAAAUACUGCCAUAAUUGUAGCCUUGAAGUAAAUGAUCUAAUAAACGAGAGCAGGGAAGCGACUCAUUUACUCUGAAAUGGUUUGUAUUUUUCCUUUGGUAUUUGCUACAGUGAAAAGUAAUUUGGAAAGUAGAAAUAUAAAUACUUGAGAAAGGAACCAUUUACCAUGAAGGAAAAGGAAAAGAGUAAUAAUAAAUUAAUGUUUUAAAACAUUGUAAGGGAUUGGAAUUUAGAAAGGUUAACCCUUUUUCUGGGACUUUGUGAGGACAUAUUUGGAAGAGCAUCCAGUAUUCAGAAAGUAGCUCAUUAAAAAAUGUAAAAAAAAAAAAACAAGUAUUUAUUGAAAUAUAACUAAAAUGGCUAAGUUUUGAGAAGAAGGAUGUGAGGAGAUAUAAAUAUAUCUAAAUAUAAAUUUUGUAAAUCUUAAGUUGGACAUAAACAUUUGAAAAGUAUAAAGUCCGGAGUUGAGAAAGCAUUUAGCAUGGUGGAAAUGUGUAGAGCAUAUUGGCCAGAGAGGAUUGAGCUAAAAGAAACAAGAUAAAAUAUUAAAAUUAAGAAUUUAAGCAUUACCUCAGGGAAAAGUCUUGACAGUGAAAGGGAACUACUUAAUCACUAAUAGCUAGUCUGGACCAGACACUUAACUGCGCUUUGGGAAUAAUGCUGCACUCAUCAGGAAAUAAACUUGACUUUUCUAUUUCUCUGAAACUUUUCAGGACAUACGCCCCCUAUCCCCCCUUUUUUUAAGCUACAGCAUCUUUGAUUCAUUCUGUAAUUCCUGAAAUAUGCUAAAUGGAUUUUUUUAGGUUCCUUGAACAUUUUUGUAUGAAGAAUCAUAUGUGAUAUUUCAAUAACCAUGCCAUUCACUUAAAUAAUUCAUAGAGGGAAAGCUUUAAUUUAAAGGAAGACCUAAUAGGAAGAAGAUUAAAGGAAGCUUUUAGCCUGUGGCUAGAUUUAUUGAUUUGGUGAUCAAACCUGUGUUCUUUCCUGAAUUUCAGCUAAUGGACAACUGUGGUAAAAAAGUGGCUUUCAGUUAAAGUUUAGACAUUAUAAAUAAUAUAAAGAAUGUCUUAGAUACUAGAAAUCCUUUAAAAAGUAGAACAAAUGUGGCAAAUAGGACUCAUUAUUAUACAAAUUCCACUUAUUUUUAUAAGGAAAACACACAAACCAUUAUUUAUUCAUGAGCAAAGCCAUUAAGAAGAUAAAUCAAGUUAUCAGCUUCCUGUCUCCUUCAGUUUGGAUCAUUUUAUAGAUCCACAUAAUAGAGAGCUUCCUUCCUAUGAAACAAAAACCUUAAGACCUAACUCCCUUAAAAAUAUACUUAACUUUGUGUUUAAGAAUGGGGUUUUGUCACCUUUAGCUAUAAUCAGAGUCCAAUAAACAGCUUAUAUAAUUGAUUUUAGUGAAGCAGGUUUCUCAGGAAAAUACACUUUUAAUUACAAGAGCUACUCCUGGAGACAAAGAAGAAAAUUCUAAUGUAAAAUAGUCUGUGUAGCAUUAGGUAACUUAAUGCCAAAAUGAAUUAAAGACUUGAAUUUAAGCAAAUCAUUGUUUCUACUUUUGGGGAAAAAAAUCUUUACAAUUUUUGUUUUAACAAAAUCAGUUUUAUACUCAUUUUUAUUUCUAAAAGAACCAAAAGCACAAAGGGUUUUUGUUCUGUGUUAAUGGCCUAGUAGAAAUAUUGAGAAAUGCUGCAAAAGUCUGUCUGUACUAUUCUAAUUCAUUAAGAUAUUGGACACAAAGUGGACAUAGCUUUUUAAAAUAGAUUGACUUUUAAUUAGAAAUGUAGACUAAUGACUAUAACCCAAUGGAAAGGGAUUUAGGGCAUAUGAAUCUUGUUCUAAAUAAAGCCAAAGUCUUUCUUUGAUUUAC